AUGAUGAUGAAUAGGAGGAGAUCAGGAAUUAAAAGGGAGUGGGCGGUGGCAGUGGUGGGGGCUGGCGGAGAGAUGGAGUCGUUGGAGGCAGGGAAGCAGGAGAUAAUGCGGAGGAUGCGAGUGGCGGCGCGUGACCUGAGGCGGAUGCUCUCGUCCUCCAGCAGGACCACCAUAGCUGGCAGAGAGUGCGCCAUAGUCAUCAACUUGGAGCACAUCAAAUGCAUCAUCACUGCCAAUGAAGCUCUCUUCCUCAACUCCAGGGAUCCCUCUCUCGUCUCCCUUCUUCACCACCUUCAUAACCGCAUCAUCCUCCCUCCCUCCUCAUCCACCAACAUCCUUCCAUUUGAGUUCGUUGCUCUCGAAGCAUGCCUUCACGCUUCUUGCACCGCCUUAGAAAACCACUCUAAUAUAUUGCACCAGGAAGCUCAUACCGCCUUCUAUAAACUAACCUCAGAGAUUAAUAUUCUCAAUUUGGAGCGCGUUCGCCAAAUUAAGAACCGCUUACUUGCCCUUACUUGUCGUGCUCAUAAGGUAAGGGAUGAGUUAGAGAGGUUGCUGGAUAAUGAUGAAAACAUGAUUGAGAUGUAUCUUACAAACAAGUUACGUUCUGAAGAUGCUGUGAGCAACGUAGAGGAGCUUGAGAUGCUCUUGGGAGCAUACCUUGUGCAAAUCGGUGGAACUCUCAACAAAUUAUUCACGGUGAGGGAGUAUGCGGAAGAAACAGAGGAGUACAUAAAGGCGAUGCUGAAGGAGAAACAGGACAAGCUGCUGCAAAUGGCAGUGAGAGUGGGCACGGCAAAUGUCAUUGCGGAGGCCUUCAUUACCGUCGUGGGUAUUUUUACCAUCAACAUUCACAUUGACCUGUUUCAAAAGCAUGCCUUGCUUCCAUGGAUUGCAGGUGGCUGUGUUGCUUCUUCCAUAUUCCUCUAUGUCUUUGCCAUUGUUUGGUACAGGCACAAACACUUGCUGGAUUAGCCACUGCUCUUCUCUGGACAAAACAAUAAUUUUUCAUGUAGCCUGCCUUCAA